AUGGAACACUUGGAACUUGCAAGUGCAGACAGGGAAUUAUUUCAAGUUUACAGUGGUGCAAGGAGGCCUCGGAUACUGCUUGCUGCUAGCGGAAGUGUGGCUGCUAUAAAAUUUGCUAAUUUGUGUCACUGCUUUUCUGAAUGGGCAGAAGUAAAAGCAGUCGCAACUAAGGCGUCUCUGCAUUUUAUAGACAUUGCAUCACUUCCAAACGAUGUGACUUUUUACACCGACGAGGAUGAAUGGUCGACUUGGAAGAAUAUAGGUGAUAGCGUACUGCACAUUGAACUUCGAAGAUGGGCUGAUAUUAUGGUCAUUGCCCCUUUAUCAGCAAACACACUUGGCAAGAUUGCUGGAGGAUUGUGUGAUAACUUGCUGACUUGCAUUGUACGUGCGUGGGACUAUAGUAAACCAUUUUUUGUGGCUCCAGCCAUGAAUACUUUAAUGUGGAAUAACCCUUUUACUGAACGGCAUCUUAUGACAAUUGACGAUCUUGGAAUUUCCCUUAUCCCACCAGUGACAAAGAGGCUAGCCUGUGGAGAUAACGGAAAUGGUGCAAUGGCCGAGCCUUCUCUCAUUUUCUCAACCGACGCUGAUGCCAGACAUCUAUACAACAAAUAUAAGCACAAGAGAAUGGUCUCAAAAUUAGAUGCUUUCACAUGGAUGGGAAGUGUGGGAGCUGCUCGUCGACUUGGCUUGCACCUUGAGGAGCUAUGGAUGCGAGCUGAACGACUAUUUAGCUACAUGAGCCGCUUGAGAGUGGCUCGCAAGUCAAGCUCGUUGUCAGUUCGUGAGCCAAGUAGGCUCCUCUAG